AUCGAGGAGAAGUUCUUCACGGCGAUGAAGAAGGACGGCUCCUACCGAACCCGUGACCAACUCACUUCCAAAUGGGGCCACAUCAACAAAAAAGUCCAAAAGUUUAUGGGAGUAUACGAGGAAUGCUCCCGGUCCCGGAGGAGCGGCACGAACGACGCCGAUGUUCUCCGGCUUGCCACGACCCGGUAUCAAGACGACGGGAACCAAGGCAAGGUGCCCAUCGAUCUUUGGAGGAUUUUGAGUCGUUCCCCGAAGUGGCAACAACUCAACAAUCCCGACGGCGGAUCGUUCCGGAAAAGAUCCACCGUCGACGCCGAGGUUGAGGUCGACGAGACCAUUGGUUCUACCGAUCAANUACGAGGAAUGCUCCCGGUCCCGGAGGAGCGGCACGAACGACGCCGAUGUUCUCCGGCUUGCCACGACCCGUGGCAACAACUCAACAAUCCCGACGGCGGAUCGUUCCGGAAAAGAUCCACCGUCGACGCCGAGGUUGAGGUCGACGAGACCAUUGGUUCUACCGAUCAAAUCUCUUCCUUCAACGUUGCGGCUUCCGAUGACGAGGACCCCAUUCCACGGCCGAUCGGAAGAAUGAAGGCAAAAUCCAUUGCCUCUGGUUCGGGAGGGUCCGCCUCUGUUUCCGCUUCUCCCCGCGACGAAAUCGGUCUGGCAAUGGUUGAACAACUUCGGGCGUUCAAUCUCCAAGAACAGGAGAGGUUGAAGCUUAAAGAGAAGGAGUUGAAGCUAAAGGAGCAGGAGGCCGAGAUGAAAGUCAUGCAAACCGACCCCGGGACGUUGUCGGAGUUUGGACGAAUUAUCUACGAGCAAAGAAUGAGAGAGAUCAAGGAGAAAUAUAAUUUUCCUUAGUUUUUUUAUUAAUGUAUCUUUUUUUUAAAAUUAUUGUCACUUUUUUUAUUUAAUUAAUGUGUUUUUUUAUU